GCUUUCAUUUGGAGAAGAUGGGGCAUGACGAGUAAACAUCAGACAUAGUAUGAACCGGGAACAUAAUAAUACAUGCGGUCAACAAACACAUUUGAGCAUCACAGCGCGGCAGCACGGCAGCGUGGCGGUGUGUGAUUGAUCUCGCAUCUGGCAGCAAAAGCAAAGAUUAGGUAUUCGCCAUGAUGUCACCGAAUGGAAAUGAAAUCAAGGUACUCGUACCUCCCACUUGCAUCGAUGGUGGCUCAACACCAACCGAUUGAGAAGUCGCCAAAUGAGUUGAGAUGGAUGGGCCUCGUGAAAGCGAGGGUCAUGUGAUGGAUCGCCGACAUAGGAGCCGAUUCGCGACCCAAACGACCAGACCAAUCCACCAAACACACCUAAGCCCGCUCACGUGAUACCAACAUACCCUUUCUCCCUAUGGGAGCCCGCUGAGAAUGCCUCUUCGGCCAAACUUGCGGGCGACUACUCCGCCGUCGAUAUGGCGCAGCGCAGCACCUCAAACGACAGGCCGCGCAUCCUGGGCGCGGAACAAGUCGUCGUCGGCGAGCGAGCCGCCGUCUUCCCCACCCCCGACGGCGGCUGCCGCCAGUGAGCAGCAGCCCCCGCCGCCCAGCAGCCAGAGGCCCGCGCUCAGGAACGGGCGGCCCAUGCGCAUGGCCGUCGUCGGCUCCGGCCCGGCCGGCUUCUACACGGCGCACCGGGUCAUGUCGAGGCUGCAGGACGCGCGGGUAGACAUGUACGAGGCCCUGCCCGUCCCCUUCGGGCUCGUCCGCUUCGGUGUCGCGCCGGACCACCCCGAGGUCAAGAACUGCCAGGCCCGGUUCGACGAGAUCGCGAGCUCGCCCAACUUCACCUUUGUCGGCAACACGGCCGUCGGCGCCCCCAGCGGCCACAAGGGCGGUGGUAGCCUCCCGCUCCACCUGCUAAUGUGCAGCUACGACGCCAUCGUGUUCGCCUACGGCGCCGGCCGGGACCGGACGCUGGGGAUCCCCGGAGAGGACUUGGUCGGCGUCCGCUCGGCCCGCCAGUUCGUCGGAUGGUACAACGGCCUCCCGGAGCACGCCGACCUCGACAUGGACCUGACGGCCGGCGAGGAGGCAGUCGUCAUCGGCCAGGGCAACGUCGCGCUGGACGUGGCGCGGAUCCUGCUCACCGACGUCGACGUGCUGCGCAAGACCGACAUCGCCGAGCACGCCCUCGAGGCCCUGUCCCGGAGUCGCGUCAAGAGGGUGCACAUUGUGGGCCGCCGUGGCCCAAUGCAGGCUGCCUUCACAAUCAAGGAGGCAAGAGAGCUUAUGAAGCUGCCCAACGUAGGGUUUCACGGCGUGGCAGAUGGGCUCAUACCAUCAAAUACGGAUGAAAUCCAACGGCCACUCAGGCGCCUCAUGGAGCUCCUCCAAAAGGGCUCCCCGUCCUCCCCUGCCGAGACACCCAAGUCGUGGUCCCUGGACUUCUGCCUCAGGCCCUUCCAGUUCAGGAGGAGGCAGGACGACCCGACCAGGCUCGGGUCCGUCGAGUUCCAGCGGACCAUCCUCCGGCACCCCUUCGACCCCGACGCCACCGCCUUCCAGACCCCCGCAACGGGCCCCGUGAAGCUGCGGACCCCGUUCGCGUUCAAGUCCAUCGGCUACCGCGGCGAGCCCCUGUCAGAGCUCACCGAGGUGGGCGUCAGCUUCGACCACAUCGCCGGCGUCUUCACCAGCGACCGCGUCACUGGCCGCGUCGCGAGGUGGGUCACGAACAAGCAGUACAAGGAGAACCUCUACGGGAGCCCGGUGCAGUGCCACUUCCCCGGGCUCUACUGCGCCGGCUGGGUCAAGCGCGGCCCGACCGGCGUCAUUGCCUCGACGAUGCAGGACGCCUUCACCACCGCCGACGCCAUCUUGGAGGACUGGCAGACCGGCGCUGAAUUUCUGCCGUUUGACGGAGUUGAGAGCACUCCCCGCCCCGGGUGGGACGCCAUCUCCCGCCUCGAGCCCGCAGCCAAGGCCAAGACCGUGAGCUGGAAGGACUGGCGCAGGAUAGACCAGGUAGAGAAGGAGAGGGGCCGACUGAAGGGCAAGGAGCGGGAAAAACUGCCGACAACGUCGGAAAUGCUAUCCGUGAUUUCAUAACGAGCUAGCUGGUGCUGCACGUUUAUAAGUUUUUAUGUCUAGUUAUCUUAGAUUUUUCCUCUUGCGAGCGAACUCAUCGAACACCAUCCGUCAUAGUCGUUUUACAAGAGCGUGAGGAG